AUGGGGUUAGUAGAGAUCCAGCUACAGAGAUACCAACGCCCAAAAAUAUUCGCCCCAUCAUCUAAGGUCCGACUACACCAACACCAACAUUGCACCUCCAAUAAUACCAGCUGCGAUGCUGACAAUGACACCCAACGAACCCGUCCCUGUGCGAGACAGAGCUGCUCCCUGGCUCGUAGAGGCACCGUUCAGGCCAGUUGUAGCGUUGCCGAUCAGGCCGAUCCAUGCACUAUAGUCCAAAAUAGUGCCCGUCGUUGUGAGCACUGGUAG